CCUCUUCAUAAAAGGGCUGGUGGGGGCGCGCGAGCGAAUCAGCUGAGCGCGAGGAGGAGACAAGCAGCUCGUGCGUUCGGUGCUGACAUCCCUACUGCAAUAACGGGAGGCGAACACACACAUACGCACACACACUGCUUAAAAAGCCUCCUUUAGUAACGCACGAGCUCCAUUUUUACGUGUUAACGGAACAGUUAUUGAGCGCGAGGCACUUCCUGCUGUCUCGCGCUGUGUUUGUGUGAGGAGGAUGUGAAGGUUUUUUGUUUUCUUUUUAAUUCGGAGCAGAAGAUAUUUAUUUCCGUGACAAACAGAGCAUCCGGAUAUAAUUUACUUCUUUUACGGUUAUUCCGUGUUACAUUUGUGAGUGUGACAAGACGACGAGGAGCUCCGUUAGCUUGCGGCUAACCGGGAAAACAAACCGACAUUGUGUGUGUGUGUGUGUGUGUGUGUGUGUGUGUGUGUGUGUGUGUGUGAUGUGUGACAGUAACACAAUGAUUGUGCACUGAGGAGCUGCUCAGGAACCGUUUACUACACUCUCUAAUAUCGGGACAUUAUGGACGAUACCGGUAUCAUCCGGCGCAGGCGGCUGCAGAAGGAUCUUCCUCUGCCUCGUAAAAGCAGCAGCUGCCGUGCCAGUAACAGAAAGAGUCUGAUCCUCACCUCGACCUCGCCCACUUUACCUCGUGCACACUCUCCUCUGCCUGGACAUCUCGGAAGCAGCCCUUUGGACAGCCCUCGCAACUUCUCUCCAAGCAAUCCAGCUCACUUCUCCUUCACUGCAUCUUCCAGACGGGAUGGACGCCGUUGGUCUCUGGCUUCUAUUCCUUCUUCUGGUUAUGGCACCAACACACCCAGCUCGUCGUCCAGCUCGUCUCAGGAACGUCUGCACCAGUUGUCCUAUCAGCCCUCCAUGGACGAGCUGCUCUUCCUGUCCAAACACUUUGGCAGCACCGAGAGCAUCACCGACGAUGACGGGGGGCGGAGCUCUCCGCACACACGCCCACGCUCCCGCAGCCUUAGUCCGGGCAGGUCAGCUUCAUGCUUCGACAAUGAGAUCAUGAUGAUGAACCAUGUGUACAAAGAGCGCUUCCCAAAGGCAACGACUCAGAUGGAGGGGCGUUUAGCCGACUUUAUCCACUCUCUCUCUCCAGACAGCGUGCUCCCUCUGGCUGAUGGGGUUCUGAGCUUCAUCCACCACCAGAUCAUCGAGCUGGCCAGAGACUGCCUGAACAAAUCCCAAGAUGACCUCAUCACCACCGUCUACUUCUACGAGCUGCAGAAGAACCUCGACAAACUGCUUCACGAGGCGUAUGAGCGGUCAGAGAGUUCAGAGGUGACCUUUAUCACAGAGCUGGUGAAGAAGCUUCUCAUCAUUAUCUCGCGCCCAGCACGUCUCUUGGAGUGUCUGGAGUUUAUCCCAGAGGACUUUUACCACCUCCUGGAGGCAGCCGAAGAUCACGCCAAACAAGGACACUUGAUGAAGACGGACAUCCCGCGCUACAUUAUCAGCCAGCUCGGCCUGACCAGAGACCCUCUGGAGGAAAUGGUCAAUCUGGAGAGUUACGACAGCGAGGGACCCCUCACACCUGAGACUGACGACUCUACAGAGGGGAAGAUGAAGGUGAUGAAGCCUCCUGAAGAAGCUGACUUCCAGACCAUCAAACUGAUUAGUAAUGGUGCAUACGGGGCCGUGUACCUGGUGCGUCACAGGGAGACCCGUCAGCGUUUUGCCAUGAAGAAGAUCAAUAAGCAGAACCUGAUCCUGAGGAACCAGAUCCAGCAGGCCUUCGUAGAGCGAGACAUCCUUACAUUUGCUGAGAACCCCUUCGUGGUCAGCAUGUUCUGCUCCUUUGAGACCCGCAGACACCUGUGUAUGGUCAUGGAGUACGUAGAAGGAGGAGAUUGUGCCACGCUGCUGAAGCACAUCGGAGCGCUGCCUGUAGAAAUGGCACGAAUGUACUUCGCAGAAACCGUCCUCGCUCUCGAGUACAUCCACAACUACGGCGUGGUGCAUCGAGACCUCAAACCUGACAAUCUGUUGAUCACGUCCAUGGGACACAUUAAGCUGACUGAUUUUGGGCUGUCUAAAAUGGGCCUGAUGAGUCUUACAACAAACCUGUACGAAGGCCACAUCGAGAAGGACACCAGAGAGUUCCUGGAUAAACAGGUGUGUGGCACGCCUGAGUACAUCGCCCCAGAGGUGAUCUUACGGCAGGGAUAUGGGAAACCCGUGGACUGGUGGGCCAUGGGCAUCAUCCUCUAUGAGUUCUUGGUGGGCUGUGUGCCUUUCUUUGGUGACACCCCCGAGGAGCUGUUUGGCCAGGUUAUCACUGAUGACAUCGUGUGGCCUGAAGGUGAUGAAGCUCUCCCAGUUGAUGCCCAGCACCUCAUAUCUGCCCUGCUGCAGACCAACCCACUGCUCCGAUUGGGCACAGGAGGUGCAGCGGAAGUGAAGCAUCACCCGUUUUUUGCUGAUUUGGACUGGAACACUUUACUGAGGCAGAAAGCUGAGUUUGUACCUCACCUCGAGUCAGAGGAGGACACCAGCUACUUUGACACACGUUCAGAUCGUUACCAUCACAUUCACUCGUUUGAUGAAGACGACACCAACGACGAUGAACCCGUCGAGAUUCGCCAUUUCUCCUCCUGCUCGCCUCGCUUCAGCAAGGUGUAUAGCAGCAUGGAGCACUUGUCCCAGCUAGAGCACAAGCCCGUGGUGACCCGUAGGGAGCCGAGAGGUCAUCGGGAGGACCGAGCAAAGAGGGAGAGUCUGGGCAGCUUCACUCUGAGAGACAAAACCUGGAGGACCGGCUCUCCUGAAAUGAAGCGCCUGUCCUGCUCUGUGUAUUCCUUCACCGAGUCUGAGUCCAGUCCUCCUGGUGUACGCCGUCGUUUCUCUGCUCUCAUGGACACGCACCGCGUCACCUCUCCUCUAGAGACAGAUACAGACACACACACUCGCCACACACCAGUCAAAACCAGAGGGACGUCACUAGAAGGUGCUACAAUGGUCACCAGCUCCGGGGUGGUCGAGUCCUCUGUCACAGCACCAGCAGCACAAGGAAUAGAUAAACUUCUGAAACCUGCUGAUGCAGCUGUGACGUCAGGACCGUUCGGAACCAGAGCCCCGAGUGAAGUGGUCCUGCGGCGAGCACGACAUCAGCACCUCCCUGCCGAUGGAGAGAAACACACUCCCUCACACUCUAGCACCAAGGUCAUAAAGUCAGCUUCUGCCUCUGCCUUAUCCGUCAUGAUACCUGCAGUGGAGCAGCACGGGACAUCCCCACUGGCUAGCCCUAUGUCUCCCCGCUCAAUAUCAUCCAACCCGUCAUCUCGUGACUCCUCCCCCAGCAGGGAUUACUCUCCAUCCGUCAGCACUCUGCGUUCUCCCAUCACCAUCCAGCGCUCGGGAAAGAGGUACGGUUUCACGCUGCGCGCCAUCCGAGUCUACAUGGGGGACUCCAACGUCUACAGUGUCCAGCACAUGGUCUGGCAUGUGGAGUCUGGAGGCCCCGCCCAGGACGCAGGUCUUUGUGCUGGUGAUCUCAUAACGCAUGUGAACGGAGAGUCUGUGCACGGAUUGGUUCAUACAGAAGUGGUGGAGCUCAUUCUGAAGAGUGGGAAUAAAGUGACGGUGACCACGACUCCUUUUGAGAACACGUCCAUUAAGAUUGGACCAGCACGAAAGCCCAGCUCCAGAGCCAAGAUGGCACGUCGCAACAAGAAAUCCAUCCCCAAGGAGGGACAGGACAGUAAGAAGCAAAGCCCUUGGCUCCGUAAAAUCACUAAGCACUCGAACCUGCUCCACACCAGCCGCAGUCUUUCCUCUCUGAAUCGCUCUCUGUCGUCUGGUGACAGUCUCCCUGGCUCUCCUACCCACAGCCUGUAUGCUCACUCACCCCCUGACUCCGCCCACCUCGGCAUGUCAUCCCAGAGCAGCUCCCCUGCAUCCUCCACUCCAAACUCUCCAGCUACGUCUCAUCACAUGCGGCCGAGCUCACUGCACGGCCUGUCCCCUAAGCUGCAGCGUCAGUUCCGCUCGUCUCGCUGUAAAUCUGCUGGGAGUGUCCCUCUGUCCCCUCUGGCACACACCCCCUCCCCGAGCACGCCCAACGCCACACCCAAUUUCCCUGCCAAGCUGCACUCAUCACCGCCAAUAACAAGGCCUCGCUCACCUCUCCUUACGAGGGUGCAGUCAACCGAGAAACCAGCUCCGCCCUCUCCGCCAUCGUUUGCUUCCUUUCCGUCGGCAGCGGAAAAAAAAGGUGGCCUGAGAAAACAUGGUGUGGAGGAAUACCGUAUUCUGCAAAGCCUGCAGGAGAUUGAAGGAGAAAACAUGCUCACAGAUACGCUCCAGACCGCAAACAAGCAGGACUCACCUUCUGUUGGAGACUCCGUGAUAAGCAAGAAGGUCACACCGUCUGCAGUAAAAGAGACAACGAGUUCUUCAAAAACCCAUGAUUCCAUCAAAACCGUAACUACAGCAAGUUAUGAACCUGCAAAGCAAGAAAAAUGUGCAUCAAAGAUCCCAGCAACACAGGAUUCAGUCUCUGACAUGAGAGAAAAGCCUGGAGGAAAGAUGCCGUUACUGCGCGUAGAAACCGCUACGCCAAAACCGCCAGAUCGGAAGACUGAGGGCGGGAAAGAGCAAGAGAAAGGAACAGCAGCGAGAGAGAAUGAUUCAAAAAAUAAAUCUGAGGUUGUUGAACUGGGGAAGUGUGUGAAAAAACCCCAAACUGUAGAGGUUAAGAUGGAAUUCGGGAGCAAAGGUGGUGAGUGCAAGGCUAAAACUCCAGCACCUCCAGUGACUGGGGCAGGUGUGCCACAAAUAAAAUCCAGAGAGGAGAAGAGUUCGGUCCACUCCGGGUCAAUCCGAACCCUCAGAGAAGAGCGCUCACAGUUGGAAGUUUUGGAGGAAAGCCCAGCUUCCCCAUCUCCUUCCACUCCAUCCCCCAGCACUGGCAAAUCGCGCACCAUCUCCCCUGGUGACCGCUCAAGCUUUGUCACUCAGCUCACCAGUGUGGCCAAAACCGUGCUCGGGCCCAUGAAGCUAGGAUCACAGGACGGAGGGAAAGGGAAGGACUCGAGCACCAAAACUAGCGAGGACAAGCGUUCCGGGACGCUGGGAAAGUCCGAGGCUUCAUCAGGAGCCUGGCGCAUAGCGACAGGAACGUGGCCUGGACCAGGAUCUUCCAAAUCAAAGAGCUCUAACAAGCAUUCCUGAACUUCCUGUUUGUAACGUUUGGGAGGAGAUGAGAAGUAAGCGAUACUUAAGCGAUGACCUAAUACUUCCACAACCACCAAAUUAACACUUAUCCAUAAUAAAAAAAGGUGCUCUCAAUCUGUCAUCGUUAGAUGCUCGUACAUCUAUAGACAGUUUUUAAAGCUGCAGUAUGUAACUAAAGAUUCACAGAAGAACAUUUAUGUAACAACAGUAGUAGCAUGUAACAUCUGUUUACAUUCAAGUAGUACUGAAGUAAUACCCAGGAUUGUGGUUGUGAACCCGUUAUGAUCUUUGACCUUUACUGCUUUUCAGGGCCACAUCCUGAAUCUUACCGAGUUUAAUAAGAGGUGAAGCUUGAACUAAUUUGCGACUGGCUGACUAAAUCUAGCUUAUGUGACAUCAGUUCGAACAUUGUUAGCUAGCUUACAAAUGUGGCUGCUUAGUAAAAUAGUUUACAAAGUGUUCUCAAUAUUGCAAAUAUUUCUAUUGAAAAAAGUUAUAUACUGCAGCUUUAUUGUAAAUGUAACACAGGUUUAGUGUAUAGCGUAAAAGCACUGUGUGUGUAGCUGCAUGGAUGGUAUUGUGAAUAGAAAACUGAGAAGAGAAUAUGAUAUGAUAUUUAAAAAAAAAAAUACUACGCAAAGACCUGAUGCUAGUGAACAUUGUACACAUCCGAUUGUCAUAACUGUCUCUAUAGCAACAGCAUGUCGCUGAUGUCAUAUCAAAUGCUAUCGACUGUGAUGGGUGGCAGAACCUGUCGAUUCUCUUAUAGCAAAAAGGCAAAUAAAUAAAUAGAUCACCAUACUUGAAGAUGCAUAAUACACAAUCGGAGGUUUGCUAAUAAGGUGGAAUGCUUUAUUUCACUACGUACAGUCGUGAACACCUGAUUGGUCCUUGCUACUGAUCCUUUUCCUUGAUAACACCUGCAAUAGACACAGAGAAGUGUACGAGGCAUAAACAAAGUGUUUAACGUCCCAGAGAAUGAGUUUUAUUAAACUAAUGUUCCUGUGGGUGUGUCCUAAAUUUCUAAUUAGCUUAUUUAAGACUCCCAAAAAUUAGCACUGUUCAGUCCUCCAUUUGCAUACACUCCCAAUUAUUGAGUUAUUACUGAAGCAACACUUUAAUAACUUUAAUAAGUUAUCUCUCUAAUAUAAGGUUUCUCUCUCAAACUUGGGCUUCCUUCACCAAGUUAGCUUUCUCUUUCAAACGUUAGCGUUCACGCUUAAAUAAUUAGCUUACUUUAGUGUUCGAUUUCUCUCAAAGAUUUGCUUUCUCUCUCUUAGGUUAGCUUUAUCUUUCAAAUGUUAGCUUUCUCUCUCUUGGGUUAGCUUUAUCUUUCAAAUGUUAGCUUUCUCUCUCUUGAGUUAGUUUUAUCUUUCAAAUGUUAGCUUUCUCUCUCUUGGGUUAGCUUUAUCUUUCAAAU